AUGUAUGUCAGCAGUCAUCAAAAGGAUUGGGAUCGUCAUAUCCCCAUGAUUCUCUUCGCGUAUCGUGUUUCGCCUCAUGCUUCUACUGGUGAGUCGCACUUCUACUUACUGUACGGUCGUGAGCCUCGUUUACCUGUAGAUGCUGCCUUGUUAUCGCCCUCCGCUCAUCUUUCGUCGUCUGUCGCUGAGCAUCGUGCGCGCAUACUUACAAAUUUGGAGAAUGCGCAGCGUAUCGUUUCUUCUGAGACGCAGUUGGCUCAACAGAAAAUGAAAGAAUAUUACGAUCGAAACAGUCAACCAGUUGUUUAUGAUAUCGGAGACGAAGUGUGGGUGUUUACCCCGAAAAGCAAGAAAGGCUUAUCGAAAAAAUUAUUGCAUAACUAUCACGGUCCGUACCGUAUUGUCGCGAAGCAUUUUCCGGUUCACUUUCGUUUGCGAACUCUCGAUAACCGUCCGGUAUCUGUUCCAGUUCACGCAAAUAGAUUAAAGCCGUAUUACGAUCCGAACGAUCAUCCAAUCGAGCCACCCGCGGAUUUUGACAAUUCUAGCGAUCUCACUGACAAUGAUUUGCCUUACGAUAGUUUUGAUAAUGAUCUGAUACCAGAAGAACUGGCUGUAAUGCGCCCGGAAGAGACACACUCCGUUGGAGAUUAA